AGUCGCGUUCGUUUUACGGCAGAAUGCAAUCUUCCACAUGGCCUCCAACCAAGCCGGAGUGAGAGUUUGAUAGUGGUCAGCGUUCAAGUGGAAAACUCACGUUGGAUGCAUACUUCGCACUUUAAAACGACAUAAAAUGGGUAAAAGUAAAACCACGAAGUUUAAACGUCCGCAGUUUAACACAGUGGGACUGCCGGUGAACGCUGUGAAGGAGGACGAGGCUGACGAGGAGCAGCACCAUGAGGAAGAUUGUUGUCCAGCCGCGGAGUUACUGGAGAAAGUAGGAACAGUCUAAAACCUCCUUUUCUUACCAGAAUUAAUCUCUGUGCGGCAUAUCUUUAUGUGUUAGAUUUCAUAGCCUUCAAACGGCACCAAUGGACAUUUAAUUUGGAGCUCAAUGUUGUAGAUUAUAGGGGAGAGUGGGGUAAAAUGAGCCAUUUUUCAUAUUUCGGAUCACUACAUCAAGGCAAUCAUAGUUUUGUUUCCAACUAGUGUAUCUGCAUGUAUUUAUGUUGUGCAUCCCUGCAAACCAACAGAAUGUGUGUAAACAUAACUGUCUUGAUAAUAUAGCAUGCCAAAGAAGUGGUCUCCUAUGGUCAAUUUAUCCCGUGUAUGGGGUACGUUGAGCCGUAUCCCUACUACCCCCCCCACUCUCCACCCCAGCCGUCCCUCACCUUUUCUCACCCUAAAUAACAGUCACUUCUUCACAUUCAUGUUUAUUUUUAUUUAUUAUACACUAUUCAACUGGUACAAUCAUUCUUUUUAUUAUUAACUGCUGAAAAGCUGUUUUGUAAAAAGCCAUUUUAACAUGAGAAUGCCUUUAAGUGAUUCAAAACAUCCACAGCUGUAUUUUUGAAAAGAAAAAGUAACACAUUUCAACUAUCUGAACUGAAACUCUGAUCCUCUCAUCAGACUUCUUUACUUUGUCAGUUUAGCCACUGGCUCAACUUACCCCAGAACUAUGAUUAUGACUUUAUUAGUCCUUUAAAUUAAAAUGGUGGACUUUUAUGUUCAUAGCUCAUAGAUACCACAAUUGAUGUAUAAAACAAAUUUAAAAUGACCUUAUUUGGUCGGAACACAAUUCUAAUAAAACAGAUUAAAUUCACUCUCUAGUGUGAAAAAUGUUUUUUUGUUUUUUUUGUAAAUAAAUGUCUAACCCUUUCACCCAUGUGCUUCUAAACUUCACAGACUCCAUGAAUUGAUGCCCAUCUCCUAAAUAUUUGGUCAAUGAUCAAUUUCGUUUACCAUUUCCAAGCAACAGGAGGUGGCUCAACUUACCCUUUGGGUCAACUUACCCCACUCUCCUCUACUGAAACUUGAUACUGAAACUACAUUGAUCCUGGAAGAUUUACUCAUAAAUGAUUGUACAGUUUAGAGUCUUGUGUCUGAAUGAAUGUAAUGUACGUAUAUAAAGCCUAAUUUUCCAUCCUCUUGUAAAUUGUACAUUCCAAAUCUAACUCAACAAAGCCUUAAAGCUCCAUGAACCGUGUGUCCAUCAUGAGUUUCCUCCAGGGCGUGGGAAAGAGGUCUGUUUGAAUAGUCCAGUUGUGAUUUUUACAUUUCCCUAUAGUUACAGAGUCCCAGUGCAGACAUGCGGGAGUUUGCAUGUGCCAGCAUCUCUCGGGUGGUGCAGCAGAGUCAAACCAUCCCUGGUUUCCUACAGAGGGAUGCCGUGAGGCGCCUGGGGCCCAUGCUGCUGGACAGCUGCCUAGCUGUCAGGGAGACUGCUACUGGGGCGCUCAGGUUAGACCACCAGCAGUGGGGUUUAUCCCACAAACUAAGGGGGGAUGUUCUGAUAAGACCAGGAUGGUUUUCCCAAAAGUAUCCCUAGGUCACAUCUUAGCUUGAAAAAUGUAGACCCUGUCUGGACACAACAAGCUUCAGGCAAAACAGCAUUAGACCGGUCAUCAACAGGUCAGCUUGUGAAGAAGAGAGUACAAAAUCAGAGAUACCCAAGGGCUGAUUUUGUGAUAAACAUACAUAAAGCUUUCUGCUCUAAGAAUGACCUGACACUUCAGAAAUUAUGAGACUGUUCCUCCCAGAAGACAGGGAGUGCUUAGUGUAUCACCGUAUUAACAAAAUUAGUUACUUUUUGGAAAAUUCUCGGAAAGGUAUUUCCUUUCAACAAACAUUUUGACUCAUUGAUGCUAUAGGGGGCAUUUUAAAUGAAGAUCAAGAACUAAAAUAUGUUUUUUCAUUAUCAAACAGGAGUUGAUAAGAUGACCGAUUGUAUGGUAGCAGUACUGGCUGUAUUAAGGCCAAGUGAAUCAGUAUGUUGGUUUUAUAAAGGCUAUGAAAAACUACCUGAGUUCAACCUGUACUCCUGUUCUGCUUCUGCAGUGUUGACAAAACUAUGAAGGACAUUUUUAAGUCUAUUUUUAGUUUAAAAGUAAUUUUUGGUUGGUGACUUACUUUCAUGCAAACUAAGUCACAAAACAGUUAUUUUCACCUGGUGUUUUUUAAUUAUUAUUUUCAUAUUUAGAUACGGUCACACAACAGUGUGUGAUUGUGCAGCAUAGUAAGGUACAGAGGUAUUUAUCAGUUAUGCACUGAAGAGGGCGCCAUGUUUCAACAAAAUGUCUGCCCUGUAAUAAAGAAGGAGCUUGCAUCUGGUGGCUUGUGUUAGAAGUAUAAUAUUACUGAUUGUAUAUGACUUUAGUCUGAGUUCAGUUCAUUCUUAUUCCUGAUUUUCAUGGCAACUUUUCUAAAUAAAUCACCCCAAACUUCUCCAAAAGUGCAAACAUCUUAUCAGGGCUGUUGAAUUUGAUCAGAAUUUUAACCCCAAAAAGCUGUUAUGAUCAUUAUCAUAACCAGCAUCCUACAUACAGUCAACUCCCGUUUGUAUGCACAACUUUAUCCUCCUGACUGUCGUCCUCCAGCAGAUGCUAAAUCAAGGCUUGGUUUGGACAGUACACCAAACUAAGACAGACCACUCGCAGGUCUCCUUCAGGCUCUCGCACAAAAACAAACAGCGUCUCUGACAGCACCCCGACAAAAUGAUGACUGUGUGUCUGGGACAUCUUUCUCCCCCUUGCAGGAAUCUGAGUGCAUGUGGAGGUCAGGAGGUGUGUGAGGACAUGGUGAAACACGACGUCAUGACCCCUCUGACAGCGCUGCUUAGAGAGGUGAGAGUGCUGCUGCUUUUAGCCCAUCGCAUCACUUUGGUUCCUUUUCAUCAGCUGCUGAAGCAGACAGUUGUGAUAUACAGUAUGUUUGCAGUAAUUAGACUUCCUUCAGCUGCACUGAUACUAAAGAAAAACAGACUCCUAGCAUCAAAAGAAAUCACAGUGUCAACACUUUUUUGAAGUUAAAGGUUUUCAUAAACCAUGUUUUUGUCUUUCAGUGUUGUGCUGGGUUUGAGAGCGCUGCCGUGUCAAUGACAGAUCAAAAGAAUGCUGUGGAGGAUAUCGCCAAUGAAGCUGUGAACCUGUUGUGGAAUCUGUGGUAGGACUGAACGUUGGGCUCAGAUACAUGCACUUAUUCUCCAGGGAGAAUUCCUUUGUUACAAGUCUCCUUUUUGUCUUGUCACCAAACACUUUUGUCAAUUUUUUAUUGUGGUACCCCCAAAUAUCUCCUAAAACUAUCAGCUAAAAUAGUUAAUCUUGCAAUGGUGAUUUCACUGGUUGUCAAUUUUUUGUACUGUUCUAAAAUUGAUAGAUAACUAUUAAUACAUCUUCAGUGUAUUCUGUCGUAGUGCGUUCCUUCUAGUUGACUGUCUGUCUCAUGUUGUGUUCCAGUGAGAGCAGCAGUCAGGCACUGUCGGUGUUUAACAAGAGUGGUCUCCUUGAUGUGGUCAUGCAGUGCAUGGAGAGACACCCACACAAUGUUGAACUCGCCAUAUCUGCUGGUAGGUCUGAUUAACACAUGGACUCAGUUUCCAUAACGAAUUUUAUAAAGGUUCAUCUGCACAUUAGCUGAAAAAGAUCUGUGUUUCUGGACAGCUUUUGAACUGUAGUAGGGUUCAGUUUUAAGUUUGUGAUAUUUCUUAGAAUGUCAUAGUAACGUGCUAAGAAAUGAAGUCAUACCUAAAAAAGGCAGAAUUUAGUAAGAUAGUGAGCAUGAAUGAGAACUAAGCCAGAUUUCAAACACUUAAACAGUAAAUGUGGUGUAUGUUUGGGGUAAAUGGCUUCUGCCUCCAACAUAAUUUUUAAACCAGCGUUAUGACAGCGGUAUCUUUAUUUCCAUUUAACCAAAAUAAAUUGGCUUGUUUUCCUAAAUGUUGAACUAUUCAUUCCCUCCCUUUUGUGUUUGACCAGCUCACUGUUUGCACACCGUGACUGAGGAUAACCCAGAGCUGCUCAGUAGCUUGAACCCUACUGUGCUUGGGGUUCUGGAGAAUGCACUACUGUCAUCUCAGCCCAGCAUGGCACACACCCUCCUCAAGACACUGGCUGCAGGUAGAAUAAAGUACUUGUUAUGUCUUUAUAAAUAAACUGUUACAAAACACCUCCAUACACUUUGUCCUUUUCUGUCUGCUGUCAACCAGGGACUCUGUGGAACAUGAAGGGAAGUCUGCCUGCUGCCCGUCAGGCCCAGACCCUCAACACUGUGGUGGCCACCUUGUCAAAAUGCCUGGACCUGGACUCAGGUACACUGAUACCUGAACUCAAACAGGCAGAAGAGGUGCGAAACAGAAAUGCACCAGCUGCUGCAGAGCUAGAGGAGCCGGCGGCAGAAGAGCUGGUUGAGGAGGAGAUGGAUGAGGAGGAAGGACCUAAACAGAAGAGGAAUGGAAAAGCUGUCAGGGCUGAUAAUGACUUCUCUGACCUCUUGCCAGUAAGUGGUAUCUUGUAUCUUGUUCAUAAAGUCACAUUGGCCUUUUGCUGUUUAUGAAUGCGACAGGUUUGAAGUCUUUUCUGUCGCGUGAGCUGAACUUUGAACACAGUAAAACACACCUGUCCAAGAUUAUGAACUUUGAUUCGCUGUCAGAAGCAUGAGUUCAUUCUUGUCAGAUAAGGUCAGGGAGAUGACUCAUAUACAGUAUGUUGGCUGAUAUAUGAAAAAGCGCCACUAAGAAAUAUCAAAGAGGUUUUAAUUUGUUCUACAGAGCACUGACAAAGACUGUUUUAUGUCUUGCUAAGUACUCAUGGUAGUCACAAACCUCUCAAAUACCCAAAUGGAGAGUAUAAACUGAUAAACAUUCAUAAAUUUGUAUUUUAGAAUUUGAUACAACAGCCAUUGUCCAAAAUUAAUGUAAGUGCAGUUAUAGACCUAUUCUUAUUGACAUGUUAAACAUGAUUUUCCCGUGCUUUUGUGAAGAAAGGUGUCACUCGAUCUGACAUUUUUUGGAAUAGUUUCAACAGUUUCAAUUUAUGCCUAGUGAAAAGGUGUUGAACGAGUCACCCCAGAGUGUGAGCAGGACUGACAUAGCAAAAAAAAAAGCCUUGUCAGAUUCUAGGGACACUUCCCAGAGUUCAUGUUGGGAGCAGCCUCUGGCUUCCACUGAACUUCCAUUCCCCAGCUCUGAGUCUGGUCAGACAGACCUAACCUUAUCUAUCAGUCACCAGAGUUUACAGAGGAAGUUCCAGAGCAUUCUCAUUAUGUGGGUUACACUUGAGUUUUAUUUUUAAAUGAAGUUUUGUUGUUCUACUUAAUAAGUAUGAAUAAAAACUUCAGAGGAGAUUUUGGUCAUGACGCUGCUACACAAUCUCAAUGCAUUAGGGGAAGUUAUAUUCAGUAAGUCUUCUCUGUGGCAGGCGUCUAAACUCAGACUGGGUGAUAAAGGCACAAACAGUCAUCGUUUUGGUAGCUUGUUGACUCACAUGGCUGCUUGUUUUUGUCCAGAGGGGUAAGGAGGAGCUGAGGGAGGCAUCGGCCUUGCUGACAGCCCAGCAAACGUCCUUAGAGAUCAUUGUCAACAUGUGCUGCUCUGAUGGUGAGUAUUGCGGGCACAGACAGCAGUGCUGACCCCAGGCACUUUUCAUCAACAUUAUGUCCUGUGACACCCCCACCCACUAUUUGUUAGCAUAUCAAAAACACUUUUUCUAACAAAAACAUACUUUAAAUGUCUUUUUUGAGUUUCUGGAUUCCCUCCAGUGAUCUGUAUUGUUUCUCUGAUCAAUGCUCUGUGUGUGUUUUUGCCUGUUCAGACCCCUCUGAUGAUGAGUGGGAGGAAGAGUCAAGCAGCGAUGAAAGCGACAUGGGUCCUGAUGGCCUCUGUGAUGGAGUGUCAGAUCUAAUGUCCCCACUUUGUUUGUCGGCUGAGGUUCAUGCAGCGUUAACGAACCACAGCAUCCCUGAAAAGGCAAAUACCUGUUUUUGUUCUUACUGCCUGUAGUGUCAGCUAAAAUGAAAGGAGGGAUCCCUUGAGGUGUUGGAACAUUGACAAAAGCAUUUAAAGGCUCUGUAGCUGUCAUCUCGAUAUGUUUUUCACUUUAAUUAAAAAGUUAAAUGUGGUUUGAUUACACUGUGAUCAUCCUCCCCUCCAGGCUAGAUGGAUGUGAUUACUUAAAAUGAAAGACUUGAUGGAGCUCCCGAUUUUUGCACACACAUUAACAUUUCUAAUGGUUUAAAGUUUGUCAAAGUGAUAUUUUUGUUUUCUUAUGAAAUCAAGGUCCUUAAAAAGAGUGGGUUUCCCAGAAUUGAAGCAAUGGAUUUGUGCAAAGAGAACCCCUCCUGGAGAGGCCUGAUAAAAAAGUAAUCUUUCAGUUUUCUGCCCUUUUAUUUCUCUGCUAAAAAUAUAAAGAAUUGAUUAAUUCUUGAGUUGAUUAAUUUUUACAAAGGGAAUUGACCUUAAUUGCCUCUUUUUCCUUCAGAAUGCAGCGUGUUCAGUCCAGAGCUCUGACCUGCCUUCACAGCAUCCUCUCUACUAUGGAUGCAGAGUCUCUCGGAGGAGCAGCUGCCCUGCAGGAAGCAGCACAGCACCUGUCAACGCUGGUCUUUGGGGCAGCAGGUGUGAUGUCAUUUUGUCAUACAGCAGAGAUGUCACAUUAUAUUUCCCUCUUAGUUGUAUUUAUGUCUAAAAUACAUAUAAAUAUAUAUACAGUAAAAUAGCUGUGACCAGUAUAAAACGGUAACAUCAUAAAAGGUGACAGAAUAGUAAAUUAUCGAUCAAUAUCAUAUAAAUACCCAUUCAAUAAUAACAUUUUUAAAUUUUUCUUUCUAAUGCUUUUAGAGAUACCAAAAGAUGAAGAGUUCCUCGAGGCUGUCAUCAGUGCAAUGCGGUCUCUUUUACAAAUGAUUGCCUCCAAAAAUAUCCCCCAGGUACAGAGUACACUUAACCCUCAGCAUUUGCAUGAAUUUGUCUGUGAUUAAGAGUCAACUUGUGUUUGUACAUUUUAAGUGAUGGUCUCUCAGCUCAUGUUGAGAUAACUUUGACGACAAUAUCAGGGUGAAGUUCUUGUGGGACUUUGAUAAGCCCCUCUUAAGAAUAAAUACAACUGUUUGUACCAUGUAAAUAUUGGUUCACAUGACAAGGCGACGGCACAAGUGUAAAAUUGGUGGAAGGUCCCUUAAAUCCUUUUCACUCUUGGUUGCAGUGUGCACUGGAUAAAUUCAGCUCACACAGAUGCUAGAAAUUGUAUUCUCGUCAUACUCAUAAAUGAUCUGCCAGCUCACACUAAAGGCUGCCUAAUGUGUUUGUAGGACAGCUCAAUAUCUGCCUGUUUUUUUUGUUUUUUUUCAGUGUAUGACCCCGCAGCAGCUGAUGAGCCUGAGUGAGGCAGCCACUGCCUGUGAAGUUGUCAGUGUGAGGGUCAACGCCGUUGCCAUUCUGGGCAUCACUGGCAGCACAUUAGCCAAAGAGAAGGGCACUUCUGGAACCCUUCAGGUAAACUGUUUCUCCCUUUAUCCGGUCCUUGACUAUUUCUUUAGCUAAAAAAUUGUGCCCUUACAGUUGAUCGGAAACGCCUUACUACAAGUAGCCACCAGGGAUACAGACCUGGUUGUGAAUGGGGAAGCCCUGGAUGCGUUGUUUGAUGUCUUUGCUGAUGGAGAAGAGGCAGAGACAGCCGCCAAAAAUAUCCAGUUACUACCUGCACUAAAGGCACUUCAACCUGUCUUUAAGGCUAAGGUACCUGGCACGUUUUAUUUAAUAUUGCUAAUGUACAUUUUGAAGAAUAUUAUCUGAUAUCUCACAACGUUGUUUUCCUCCUAGAUUCGUAAAGAAGGACGAGGGAAGUACAGCUCUCAGCAGCUCUGUGUGUUAGACAACAUCAAAAUCAACCUGAGGAGAUUCAUCGGUUAUCUGGAGAAGGUGGUAAAAAAAUGAAAACUGUCAGUCCUUCACAUUUGAAAUAGGUGGACCUGUAUGGACUGUUUGGACAAAAAUGCCAUCAGUGAAAGAGAAUGUCAUGGAAUAUGGUUUUUAAACCAUCAGGUACUUCUUACUUGGAUGGUUUACUGUUUGUUUUUGACUUGUUUUCAGUGUUGAUAUUUUAAAUAAUUAUUUACUAUUUUAAAAAGUAUAUGAGUUGUGAAAAAGACAUGGUGACAUGCAAUAUUUGUUUUAAGUUACUGCAAACUGCAGUACAAAAGAUGUUUUUUUGCUCCCUUAAUUCGUGUUGGUCAACCCAAAAAGUGGUUAUCUAUGUUGAAAGAUUCUUUUUUCUUCAUACAUUGUAAAGUUGUCAAUUGUACAGAGCUGAAACUGGGCUUGACAAAAGUUUCUUGAGAUCUUUUCAUGAUUGAAAAGGCCUAUGAUGAUUGUGUGCUACAGUGUGCUACAGUGACUAAAAAGCAGAGCUUGAAAAUUACAGGUCCUUUUGGGACCAUCCCAACAUUGAACACCUUAAAAGAAAAUAACUUUUAACGGUUAUUGAGUAGUAGACUGUUCUGCUUGCCCAAAAGAAAUGUAAUUACAAAGUCACCGCAGUGACUCACUAAUCUUGGAAGGUGUUGUCUUACUGCCAAGGUUUUGACAAAAUUAAAAUCUUUGAAAACAGACGUUUAGCCUUGAGAAAAACACACAUUUCCUACCUCUGCCUUUCUGGCCUCUCGCCAUCGCCCUUCUAGUUUCAUACUCUGAGGCAUUUCUCAUGUGAAUGCUGUGAGAAAACUGGCAUUGUUGGUGCUUGUGAGCUGUGGCUGCCAACACAGACAACAUUUUUGUAAGUAACAGAGGUAGCACGUGAGGGACACCUCCAGAUUGAAAACAUGUUGGUGUCACCGACACUAAUCCCUUGUUCCUUGUUCAUAGAUCAAUCAAUUUCCAAGUUUGUUUUUGCAGCUGGUGGUUCUGGCAGAACCACCAGCUGUCAGUUUUGAGCAAUGAUUCCAAACUUAUCAUGUUUGACAAGUUAACACUUUGAGCAGUUAUUAUGUUUGAACUUGGCUCGGAGUUCCACAACUAUUCAAGGCAAUAUCACCUAGAUUGCAUGUCAAUGUUCAAAGAAGAUAACUUCAUUUAUGGGAGAACACAUCAUCAGGCUGAGUGAUUUCUGAUUUUUUUUCUAAUAAAUAAUUGCCUUAAA